AUGGAUGCCAAAAAACUUCAGCAGCUGGUGGACGAGUUCGAAAUGGAUAUAGACGCGGCUGAGGCCCAGCUUGGGUCUAUUCUGGAUGAAUCGCUUGAAUCUCAGGCCGAAAAACGCAGCGGUAAAGAGGCUGCCAUGUCUUACGCUUUGGCCGCAUACUCCCUGAGCUCACUGCUUUUUGCCUACCUUCGAAGCGAGGGCGAACCCAUUGAUUUGGUGCAGGGCGAGAUUGAGCGGGUCCAGACGCUGAUCAAGAAGAUUGAAGCCACCGAAAACGAUGCUCCUAGCAGGAAGGAUCGUAAAAACUCUGCCAAAGCUGCCAAGGUGGCCCGCCACAAGUAG